AUGACUGCUUUUGGCCAGGGCGAGCGCUGGCAAAGUGCCCUGAUGCUGCUGCAUACUGUCCGAGAUGAAGACAUGCAACCGGACCUGGUCAUGUACAACACGGCCAUCAGUGCUUGUGCAAGAGGAGGCUGCUGGAUGGAAGCCAUGGUGCUGCUUGACCUGCUUCCGCAAGUACAUUUGCGCCCCGAGGUCAUCACCUACAACGCCGUGGCCAGCGCCUGCGCGGCUGCUGGGCGCUGGGAGGCCGCCCUGUCUAUCCUGGAGGCACUGAGAGACAAAGACCUAGCCACGGCUGCUUCGUACGGUGCUGCCAUCAGUGCCUGUGCCACAGAAAAGGCCGGCAGAUGGCAGCAGGCGCUGCUCGUGCUUCAGAUGCUCAGGGAAGAUAGCCAGAGGAGGGAGGUGUUAUCGGCAGAUGCUGUGGCCUUCGGGGCGGCCAUUAGCACAUGCGGAAACUGUGGUCAGUGGGAGUAUGCUCUCCACAUCUUCUGUGAGAUGCAGGGGCACGUACAUCCUGAUGUGGUGGCCUGCAAUGCCGUCAUUAGUGCAUGCGAGAAGUGUGAGAAGUGGCAGCAGGCCUGCUUUCUGCUAGCAGAGAUGGGUGGGUUUGGCAUUCGCCCGAAUGCUGUUACCUUCAAUGCUGCAGUCAGCGCAUGCGGGGCAGCUGGCGAAUGGGAAUAUUCACUGAGCCUGUUCCAGAAGAUGCAGCUAGCAGGCCUUCAGCCGGAUACGAUCUCACACAACGCCGUCAUCACGGCCUUCGAAACUGGCUGUCAAUGGCAGAUGGUCUGGCAGCUGCUAUGGGAGAGAGAGCAGGGCGGCAAUUGCGAUGUGGUGGGGUAUUCCUCGGCGAUCAGCGCCUGUUACCGAGCUCGAAGCUGGCAAAGGGCCUUGCUGCUUUUCCAGCGCCUGGAGGAGCGGCAGCUCGAGGCCAAUGCAGUGGCCCUCGGCGCGAGCGUGGUUACCAUGACCACGGGGGAUACGACGAACAUGGCAUGGCCCUAG